UCGAGCCUGGGCUGUGCCUGCGGGUGGGAAGGUCUCUGGAGCUCCGGCUGUCUGCCGAGGAGGUGGGGGCGGAGGCAUGAGGACAGCCGCUGGGCUUCAGUGAGCGCACCGGCAUGGGCGGGCCGGGGGCCGCGGGCAGGCUGAUGGCGGAGGGAAGGAGCAGCCUGUGAGACGGGGUGACGGUGGCAACCAGCCCGGGCGGGGACCGGGACUGGACGAGGCGCCUGAGCAGCCGGCGGGUCCGGCGGCUGGGCUAAGGCGCGGGGCGUGGGGGACAGAGAGACGAACACGCCACUGAGCUUUCCGGGGCAGGAAGGGCGAGAAAAGUCGUCUAAACAGUUGGCCGAGAGACGAGGGCUAAGUCAGGUUUGGAGGAAAAGGGAUCUCGGGAAGUGGCCGGAAGCGGUGAGAAGCUGGUAACAGGCGUUGGUCCAAGGGUCCGAGAGGACCAGCAGAAGACAGGGAGGUCUGUGUAAGUGGCGGAAAGGAGCGGGUGGCAAGACAGAAGAAGGUCUGUGUAAGUGAAGGAAGGGUGAGGUGUGGCUGGAGCCAGGGACUAAGAAGACGGUGGGUGGAAGUGGAUUGAGGAACAAGGAAAAAGCCGUGGAGGUGGCCGGGGGCCGGGGCCUGAGAGUGUUCGGGAAUUGGAAGACUUGGUGGCAGAGGAGAUUCAGGACUCGGAUCCUGCCUCGGAGAGUGGGCGACGUGUCCGGGAUGUGGAAUCAGAGGCUGGUGAGGUUGGCCUUGUUGCAGCACCUUCGGGCUGUCCAUGGCAUUAAGGUCAAAGGUAGCCGUGGUCAGUGCGAUCGCAGGAGACAGGAAACAGCAGCCACGGAAACAGGGGGGAAAAUUUUUGGAGUACCUUUUAAUGCAUUGCCCCAUUCUGUUGUACCAGAAUAUGGAUACAUUCCAAGUUUUCUUGUUGAUGCUUGCACGUCUUUAGAACAGCAUAUUCACACAGAAGGGCUUUUUAGGAAAUCAGGAUCUGUUAUUCGUCUAAAAGCACUAAAGAAUAAACUGGAUCAUGGUGAAAGUGGCCUGUCUUCUGCACCUCCUUGUGAUAUUGCAGGACUUCUUAAGCAAUUUUUUAGGGAACUGCCAGAGCCACUUCUCCCAACUGAUUUGCAUGAAGCGCUUUUCAAAGCUCAACAGUUAGGAGCCGAGGAGAAGAAUAAAGCUACACUGUUGCUCUCCUGCCUUAUGCCUGACCACACAAUUGAUAUAUUAAGAUACUUCUUUAACUUCCUCAGGAAUGUUUCUCUUAGGUCCAGUGAGAAUAAGAUGGAUAGCAGCAAUCUUGCAGUAAUAUUUGCACCAAACCUUCUUCAGAUAAGUGAAGGACAUGAAAAGAUGUCUGCUAACACAGAAAAAAAGCUACGACUGCAGGCUGCAGUAGUACAGACUCUUAUUGAUUGUGCAUCAGAUAUUGGGCACAUUCCAGAUUUUAUCCUGGAGAAGAUACCAGCUAUGUUGGGUGUUGAUGGUCUCUGUGCUACUCCAUCACUGGAAGGCUUUGAAGAAGGCGAAUAUGAAACUCCUGGUGACCAUAAGAGAAAACGAAGGCAAAGUGUAGGAGAUUUUGUUAGUGGAGCACUAAAUAAACUUAAAUAUAACAGAACACCCUCUAUUACACCGCAACAGGAGAGAAUCGCCCAGCUAUCCGAAUCACCAGUGAUUCUCACACCGAAUGCUAAGCGUAAACUUCCAGUAGAUUCUUCUCAUGGCGUCUCAAGUAAGAAAAGGAAGUCCAUCAAGCACAAUUUUAACUUUGAGUUGUUGCCAAUUAAUCUCUUCAGUAGCAGUUCUACACCAGUAUCAGUUCACUUUGAUACAAGCCCAGAAGGGUCAUCUCAGAGUUCACUCUCUCCUGUAGCCAUCAUUGGAAAUCAUUUAAUCGGUACAGAUGUGCCAAGGCGAAGUAAAAGGAUUGCAAGCAAAAAAGUUUGCAGGGUGGAAUCAGGAAAAGCAGGCUGCUUCUCUCCUAAAAUCAGUCGUAAAGAAAAGGUUCGAAGAUCUCUUCGUGUGAGAUUUAGUCUGGGGAGAAGUAGCAAAGACAUAAAUGGGUGUUCUGGUGUCAACAGAUUUGAAAAUGUUGGUCGACGACUUGCAAAUCAACAAAGUUUUAAAAAUAGGAUUGGAUCUGUAAAAACAGGUCUUCUUUUUAGCCCAGAUGUUGAUGAAAGAUUAACAAAGAAAGGUUCAAAAAAGAUUAGUAAGUCUGAGGAAAACUUACUAACUCCAGAGCGACUAGAUGGAACAAAUUACCGGAUGUCUUGGACAGGACCUAGUAAUUCAAGUUUUCGAGAAAUAGAUGCAAAUGAAGCUUCUUCAAUAGAGGAAAAUCUUGAGGUGGAAAACUCUUCUUUGGAGCCUGAUAUUAUGGUGGAAAAGUCAUCUGUUAAUUCAUAUGAACUCACCCCUUCUAAAGUACACAGUAAACAUAAUAACAGCAUAACUGGAAGCUCUCUUUGUGGGAAUGAAGAUAACUUGAGUGCAGAGACUUUGGUGAAAAUUCAGGAAGCAUUUUCUGAAUCUGGAAGUAAUCUUCAUACAUUGAUAAAUCACAGACGGUCAUCAAUAACUAAUGUGGGGAAAGUAAAAUUAAAUGAAACAUCUUCUAUAGCAUAUAGCCCAGAAAAAAAUCUAUUUGAAACUAAUGAUUUGACUGUGAUAGGAUCAGAGGAAUACCACACUAGUAAAGGUGAAAAUAGUUUUUCAGAAAGAGACUUCUCACUACAUCAGACUCAAAAAUUAGACAGAGAAGCAACUAUAAAAUGUUCCUCAACUCAGAUGAAGAUGGUACAUGAAGAAAGCAUUCAUUCAAAUAUAUCAAGCGAUUAUUUAAGCAAGCAGGAGUUGCCCAGUGAUGAACAAAUAAAAGCUCAACAUUCCCCAAGGGAUAAACUAAAUACCGAAUUAAAGGAGAAGGACAGUAUGACUAAAGAAAACUUACCGAAAUGUGCAGCUUCUAGGGAGCAUGUGGCUAACAGCUCUUCCUCAGAGCAGAUUACAUGUCAUGUAACCAACCUGUCAAAACCUAGGCCCGUGAAAAUGGUUAAAGAGCAGUCACUGGUGGAAACAUGUGAUAAAACGGUUUCUGAAAGUUUACAAGUAACAGAGCAUGGAAAGGUUUCAGACCACAUACAGUGGUUUAAUAAGCUUUCUUUAAAUGAAUCAAAUAGGAAAAAAGUUAAGUCGCCUCUGAAGUUUCAGCGUACUCCUGUCCGUCAGUCUGUCAGGAGAAUUAAUUCUUUGUUGGAGUAUAACAGACAACCUGUGAGGCGUAAUUUGGCGCAUCUGGGUGAUACAGCUUCUCCUCUGGUUAAAUCAGUGAGCUGUGACAGUGCUCUUCCCUGUUGUGUAGAAAGUACGUCAGAUUCCUCAAUGUCUCGUACCCCAUCAGGUCCGAAAGACCAGAAUUCUGCACCAUGCAAACAGUCAAAUGAUGCAAUUUUAGAAUCAAGCAUGGAAUUAACUUCUAAAUCUUUCUCACGGAUGAAGAGGCUUCCAGACUCCAUGAAUGCUUCUCUUAGGUCUCCCAGAGUUUCUAAACAGAAAGUGAUAUCCGAUGAUCAAAUGAAGGUUCCCUUGGAUGACCUGACAAAUCAUGCAAUAUUAAAAUCUGUUGUAAAUAAUAACAUGAGCUUUCCCCCUGAGAUAAAUAACAUGGUCCUUAGGAAACCAUCAGAACGAGAAAGGAUCUGGUAUAAAGGUUCUCCCAAAAAUCCUAUUGGAAAAGCUCAACUACUACCAACAAGUAAACCUGUAGACUUGUAAUUGGUAAAUGUUAUACUUGUCCUUAAUGUAAAUAAAAAUUAGCAAUUGGU